GGCAAUUGGUUUCGUCAGCCAAUUCAUAUUUCUUUUAUAUAUACAUGGCUAAUAUUAAAUAUUAUAAAAUAUUGAAAAUGUUUAUUAACCUUUGAUAGAUAUUAUAUUAUAAUCUCAGAUUGUAUAUAAUAACCAAUAAAUAUUUUUAUUCAAAGGAAACCAAAUUUAAAUCUGAGAUAACCUUAUCUGCAAUAAUAUUGUGUACAAACGUUAAAUUACAGAGUACUUUCCAUAAUAUUACAAGAAGAUUAUUAAAAAGCUGAAUAAAAAUGAAGGAUAUAGGAGGUACAGUAACAAAAACUUUUCGAGAGACAUUUAAACUAGUUCAAAAAGAUACUCUACGAUGGUUUCCUGGACAUAUGGAUAAAGGUUUAAAGCAAAUGGAACAGCGUUUGAAGAAUGUUGAUUGUAUAGUAGAAGUACAUGAUGCUAGAGUACCGAUUUCAGGACGUCAAGCAGAUUUUCGUCAUACUUUAACUGGUUUAAAACCACAUAUUUUUGUAUUAAAUAAGAUUGAUUUAGCUGACUUGAAAUAUAAGCAGCAAAUAGAAUCUACUCUAAAGAAUGAAGGAUUAUCUCAUAUACUCUUUACUAAUUUUAAAAAUCAAGAUUGCAAGGGCAUGAAAAAAAUAUUACCUUUGGCUAAAGAAUUAAUAUCGAAUUCGGAACGAUAUAAUAGAAGUAAUGAAGAAUCUUUUGCAAUGAUGAUUAUCGGUGUACCUAAUGUAGGAAAAUCUUCUUUAAUUAAUCGUUUAAGAAAUACUUAUUUAAAAAAAUCAAAAGCUACAAAAGAAGGGCCUAUAGCAGGAGUGACACGGUCUGUAUUAACUCGUAUAAAAAUAGCUGAAAAUCCAGAUUUUUAUUUGUUGGACACUCCAGGUAUUUUAGCACCUCAUGUGAAAGAUAUAUACACUGGUCUCAAGUUAGCUUUGAUUGGUUGUUUACAAGAUCACUUGGUAGGACAUAUUGUAGUUGCUGAUUUUCUUCUUUUUUGCUUAAAUAAAUAUGGAAAAUAUGAGUAUGUUGAAAAAUUAGGUUUAUCUGAGCCAAAUGAUGAUAUCAUUUUUAUUCUUACUUUUAUUGCUGCAAAGCUUGGAAAAACUCUAAAAUUACGUGAUUGUACUAAUAAAUAUAUUAUUAAACCUGAUAUGCAAGUUGCUGCUACAUACUUUAUUAAUAUGUUUAGAAAUGGAGAAUUUGGUCCUAUUUGUUUAGACGAGGAUAAAUUAUUUAAUGAGAAUUAAUUUAAUAAAUACUUCACAUAUUUAAAAUUGCAAGUUACAAGAUUAGUUGAAUGAAUUAGAAAGUUUUUAUAUUAUUGUAACUUUAAAUUUGACAAUAUCAUUUGGCAAAACUUAUUUUUUCCAUAAAAAACUAUAUCAUGUUCGUUAAUAUAAAUAAUUAUAAUAAAUAAUAUAUAUUUCUUAACUACUUAAUAUUCUCAUCAUUAUGCACUGUCAUGCACUAAUAGAUAUAUCACAUAUAUAUGUAAUAUAACUAUUUUUUGUAACAAACCAGUACUAUGUACAUAUGAGGUGGUAAUAAUUUUUAUUUUACAUUAUAAAGAAAUAAUAUAAAAUAAAAUAAUUAUUUAUUGGAGGCAAUUUUUAAAAAUAGCAAUUACGAUAUAAAAUAAAUUACGAUUGUAAAUAAUUAAUUUUUAUAAGAACGAUAUAACAUAUUAUUUCUUUAUUACAAAAUGUAUAAUGAAAAAGUCGAAACCGACGUAAUAUAAAACAAUAAUAUAAAAGUAACAAUAUUUUUUUCCUUAUAAUAUAUUUUGGUUAUAAAGAUUUAACAUUUUUUUUAAAAAGGUAUUACAUAUUUUUAACAUAUUUUUAAAAAAGUUAUACAUUAAUUUGUUAAAUUUUUUAUACGCAGUGUAUAUCAAAAUUUAAUAUAUCUAAUACAUCGUAUCUUUCCAUUUAGUCAAUGUAGAAAUACUGUUACUUUCUCUUUUAGUAGUAGAGAAACUGCUUACAUGUGUACUUGUAUUCUUUCACGCCGAUAUUUUGGAAAAAGCCCCAUACAAAUCUUAUGAUUGUUAUUAGUUAAUACAUUUUUUGUUAUAAGCAUUAAUUUAUAAUGUAAUAUAACAAUCAUAGCAAUUCUGUAGUAUUUUUUUAACCUUGAAAUUUGAAGCGUAUAACGGUAAACAUAUUAACAAAUUUUACACGUAUUUGUAGUGAAAAUGUUUGCGAGAGUGACUUUUUACCCGACGUUAUUAUAUAAUGUUUUAAUGGAAAAAAUAACGUCGAGAAAUUGGUAUGAUAGAAUCGACGAGACUGUAAUUUUGGGUGCAUUACCUUUUCGAUCUAUGACAAAACAGGUAUCCAUUUUUGUUAUUUUAUUUUAUUUAGUGUUUAUUACAACAGAUUUUUUUAAUCGUUUUUUACAUUUCACACUGCAGUUAGUUGAGAAGGAAAAUAUGAAGGCAGUAGUUUCUAUGAAUGAAGAUUAUGAAUUAGCCUUAUUAUCUAAUUCAGAAAAGGUGCAAGCAAUUAAUAUAGAUUUAUAACAAAUUAUUAUGUUUGUGUAAUAUAUUUUUGUUAAAAAUGGUUACUUUCUUGAUAUUGAUAUUAGGACUGGAAGAAAUACAAUGUGGAAUUUCUACAAUUAUCAACAACAGAUAUUUUUGAAGUACCUUGCCAAAAAAAGUUAAAAAUGGGUGUAGAUUUUAUAAAUAAAUUUCGUUGUACAGAUAGAAAAUUAAAAAAUGAUGAUCAUAAUGAUGAUAUCAAAGAAACACCAUCAGUUUAUGUUCACUGUAAAGCAGGCAGAACACGUAGUGCAACACUUGUUGGAUGCUAUUUAAUGAUG